AAACCCACCCAACCCGGUUUCUUUCGCCAUGGUUUCACAUCAGUGGCUGUGGGAAGCCUUGAGAAAUGGCAAAGACGACGUAGUGAUCUCCAGGUUAGUGCCUCCCGAUUGGGACUGGAACCAGGUCCAUCCAUCGCUGGGAACUCCUUUGAUGGCGAUUGUCCCGGAUGGCCUGCGAUUGAGCAGCAACACCAGCAGGACAGCGCCAAUUUGGAAGCUCAUUCGUUUCUGCAUGGCACAAGGUGCAGACCCCCGGAAGGUGGCGCAUCAUUUGGAGAAUUCACGCAGCACUUGGGGCUCCGAAGGCACCGCAUACCCAAAGUUGGACGCGGUGGACCGUUCGGGGCACAGUGCCUUGUCCUUGGUCUUCUCCUUUCGUCGUGCUUGCUGUAAGUUUGAGAAGGAGUACGCUGCUCAGAUCGCAAAUGCGGAUCAAAUGCUCAGUGUCUUCGCAGAGUUUGUCCCAGAGGAGGACCCUGUGGUCUUGGUCCCCGAGGGCACCGUGGAGAUGUGGGAACAACUCCUGGCAGAUGAGAGCUGUGCUGAUGUGGAACUUGAGGUUUCGGGUGUGUGUGCCGACAGCACAAGUGGCACAAGUGGCACAAGUGGCACAUUGCGAGCGCAUGGAGCCGUGCUGCGAAGUGCUUCACCGGUGCUGAAUGCGUUGCUGUCAGCACCGAUGAAAGAAGGUCGCAGCGGCCACAUUCGUGUGGAAGGUGUCACCCUCGAAGCAGCCAGGCUGUUUCUGCGGCUAAUGUACACAGGAAAUUCGCCAGACACGCCAUCUAUGGUGGUGCUGCUGGGAGCUUUGGAUUUGGCACAUCGAUGGCAGGUGCCACACAUCGUGGCCAUGGCCGAGAAUGAAUUGGUGGCCAUGGUGUCGCCUGAAACUUUAGGGGAACUUUGUGAAGCUGCGUUGCUGAAGGCCCUGCCAAAGUUGAGAAGUGCCUGCAGAUGUUUCGCACUCACGACUCCGGAUGUUGAAAGCGCCAUCAGUCGGGAGGAUUUCCCAACACGCGCACAGCGGGAGCUUCGGCAUUUGCUGCAUCCCGCCACGUCCAAGCGCCGGCGCAGCACGUCAGAUGGCCAGUGAGCUCCAAAGAGGGCCGGCUUCGGAGACGAAAAGUGGUGCUUUCUCUGGCGAUUUCAGGUGAAAAAUGGGAGGAAAA